AUGCCACGCAAGCGAGCUGCCUCCGAACUGGCGGACGACGAGAAAGAGAAGAAGUUUGACUGGCCAAAGGAGAUAAUUAAGGAGCUGUUUGAUGCCGCUGUCGUUCUUAAAGACGACGGCAAGAUAACCGAGGCGUAUGGCUUCAAGAAGACGGAUGUUGAGGACAUCAGAGCGGCACUGAAUAAGGAGCAUCGCGUGUGGAGGGCGUAUACGGCUCAUUUGAGCCAUAUCAGUGGUUGGAGCGGUCCGGUUGAUGGCGUGCCACGGUCGUCGAAGGAGGUGGAAGAUAAGCAUUACAAUGCGAACCCUCGCUGUCGUCGCUUCCGGAAGAAUCUUCCGCUCUGCGCGAGGCAAUGCGAGUACCUGUAUAGCGACAAUCUGGCGACUGGCAACGAGGCUUUUGAGCCGGACGAGCUCGGAGGUGAUACACCGGUGCCUAAAGAAGACUGGCCACUAAGUAACGAUAGUGGUGGAGAUGCAGAAGGGGACAACGAUGUCGAAGAGGUAGCCUCUCGCUCGGUAAAGCGACUAAAGGGCGGUGGUGGUAGUGCCUCGUCGCCGGCUCCUACAACGCUAUUAGCUUCGAAACGCAUCCACCGGAAGAAGGAGCCGCCGUCUGAUAAUGUCGACAGCGAGAGCCAGGCAUCAGUAACCUCCGCAGCGGCCAUGGCGUUGAAGAGGGUGGUAGACUCAUAUGGUAUUACUCGAACGCGCGCACCGCAGGCUCCUCAGUCGGUGUUGACGCAGUCGAUUCUGAAGUGCCAUAAAUCGGCUGCGUUCAAGAAGCUGAAGGAUGAGGAUCGCUUCUUGUUUAUUAAGAAGAUCCUUCCGCUGGACAAGAACGCCGAGACUGUUAAGGUAAAGCAAGAGAAGGAAGCCAUGUUGCCUCCACCACCGGUUGUUCAGCGCACGCCGGCACCUCUUAAUCCACCUCUUCCUCAUGAUUAUCAGCCGCCGCACUACUACCAACUGCCAUCGAUAUCGGAGGGUUAUGGCCAGCAGCAGCCGUAUUCGUCGCAGGUGGAUUACUGGCACCAGCAGUCGCAGUCGCAGUCGCAGUAUUAA